AUGUGCGACGGAAGGUCUGACACUCAAUGUCAACAGGUUUGUGAUGCAACAGCAGGGUGCAGUAUGAUCUCGAACGGUGGUUGCUGCUUCUUGUUCAAGGGUGACGCAUGUAAUGCCGAUGUUUCUCAUUUAAAUUACCAGUCUUACCUCGAGGAGCAGAGUGUCGAGCCGGCCACGACUACGACUACGACUGAGGCGCCCACCGCUCCCACUGCCGCCGGCAGCGCUGGCGGCCCGCUGUCCGUCUCCGCCUCGGGGGACCCCCACCUCGUGAACGUGCACGGGCAGAGGUUUGACCUCUACCAGCCUGGGGUGCACUCGCUCCUCCGGAUCCCGAAGUCGGGCGGCCGGAGGGCCGCGCCCGCCGUGCAGGCAAGGGCGGCCCACAUUGGGGCCGGGUGCGCAGAGUUGUACUUCACAGAGAUCAGCAUCACGGGCACCUGGGCUCGGCGGCACCGCACGGCAGACCUUCAUUGGGCCGCCCAGGACGUGGAGCGAGGCCGCGCCAGGUGGAGCAAGUUUCACCAGAUCGGCGUCAAGGUGGUGCACGGCCACACCCUGCUGGGGCACGAGGUAUCUCAACGUCCUCGUACGGGGCCUGAACAAGGCCAAGUUCGCCAUCGGGGGGCUCCUCGGAGAGGACGACCACACCGCGGCUGCCACUCCCAGCGCUGGUUGCAGGCAUAUCCAGACCCUCUGAAGCUCGCGAGUGUAGUAUGUGGGUGGUGGGCGCGCCCGAUUCUAGUUGCUGAUGCUUCUGCUAUGCUGCUGCUGCCCCCUCGCCCUUGUCCUCCUCCCCCCCUCCCUUUUCGUCUCCUCCCUCUUAUCCUCGUGCUCUUUCCUUCCUUUCGCGGUUGUUCGUGUUCGUUCUAA